AUGGAGACACUAGAAACGAUCUCGGCGGCUCUUGAAUGCACAGACGCGAAGAAAGAGGACCUCAAGAAGGCCUUCGACGAGUUGCAAUCCCAUUCCUCAGUCCUCGCCUCCUUCUCUCGGUCCGACCUCGACGCUCACUUCACUACCCUACAGAACUCGCUCACUGAACGAUUUCACCUCCUGGAAUCGCUCGAGUUGGAAAAACAAACUCAGACCCACUAUUCUGUGACCCCGCCGAGGAUCGAGUUGAGGGCUUUUUGUGAGAGCAUAGACGGAAAGGGGUUGAGGAAGUAUGUAUUAGAGCACCCAAAUGAGAAGGUGGCGAUAAUAGCCGAGCUACCUGGUGCAAUGCGGUGCACGCCGGACCCAGCAGCGAUGGUCUUGGAUGCCAUGGAAGGGUUUUAUAGCGUAAAGGGCAAUAAGGAACGGGAUGUGGGUCGUUUGAGGAGGUCUUGUGUGCCAUUGUUGGAGGCACUAAUGGGGCUUAAGCCCAAUGUGGGUGUGGGAGUGAGGGAGAGAGCAAAGGUUGGCUUUGGAGAAGACUCCGUGAGGGAGAUUGAGUCCAUGACUAAUGAAGAAAUUGUUCAAGAUGCAUUUGAGUCAUUCGAAAUUGACGACGAUGUUGUUGAAGUAAAUUCACUAGGAGAUGACUCUGUUUCUAUGGGGAUUAAGAAAAAGGGAAAGAAGUGUAGGAAGACCUCAGAUGUUUGGCAAUAUUAUGACAUCGUUCCUAAUGCUAAUCCAAAUGACCCGGAGCUGGAAAAAGCAGGAUCUCUAGGGGUAAGUGACUCUAAAUUUGAUCCUAAAAGAUAUAGAGAAUUGUUGGUUGCUUCAGUUAUUAAGCAUGAUUUGCUUUUUUCAUAUGUUAAAUAUGAUGGUGUAAGAGCAGUACAUCAAUACUUGAGUGCUAAUGUACCAUUUAUCUCUAGAAAUGCUGGUAAGACUGAUUUGGUUAAGAUGUAUUUGAGGGAGAAACAAAGGGUUAAAUCUAUGUUGAAUGCUUGUCCUAGGAGGAUUUGUUUAACAUCUGAUUUGUGGACUUCUUUGGCAACUGAUGGGUAUAUCUGCCUUACUGCACAUUUUAUUAACAAAGAUUGGGUCUUAACCAAGAGGAUGUUAAACUUUUCAUUUAUGCCCCCAGCACACAAUGGUAUAUCUUUGUCUGAUGUUAUAUAUAACUUGCUACAAGAGUGGGGGAUUGAGAACAAGAUUUUCAGUAUAACAUUGGAUAAUGCUUCUUUCAAUGAUCUUUGUGUUGGGUUCUUAAAAGAUAAAUUGAACAUGAAGAAAGCCCUUCCUUGUGAUCGUGAUUUCUUUCAUAUGCAUUGUUGUGCUCACAUUCUUAAUUUGAUAGUACAAGAUGGAUUGAAAGAGAUCAAUGAUGCUAUCCAAAAGAUUCAAGAUAGCGUGAAAUAUGUUAGGGGAUCACAAGUGCGAAAACAAAGUUUUCUUCAAGCAGUGAAUCAAAUAUCAUUGGACAGUCAUAAAGGGUUAAAACAAGAUGUGCCAACCAGAUGGAAUUCUACAUAUCUGAUGCUUGAGAGUGUUGUUCACUAUAGGCGUGCUUUUAGUUAUUUGGAGAUGAAUGAUAAAAACUAUAAGCAUUAUCCUACUGCACUUGAGUGGGAAAAGGUGAAUAAUAUCAAAAGUUUCUUAGCUUACUUUUACCAAGCUACAUGUGCUUUUUCUGGUACUAAGUAUUCCACCGCCAACUUAUACUUUCCCGUGAUUGCCAUGAUUUAUGUGAGCUUGAAGGAAGAUGUUCUGAGUGAAGAUGAGCAUAAGAGUUUAAUAGCAACUCAAAUGCUCUUUAAAUUUGAGAAAUAUUGGUUGGAAUUCAGUGAAGUGUUGGCCGUUGCAGUUAUCUUAGAUCCUCGUUACAAGCUUCAUCUUGUAAAUUAUUACUAUACGAAGAUCUAUAGAGUUAUGAAUUCUACACAGUAUAUGAAUGUUCAUGAUAAAUUAAAGAACCUUUUUAUGGAGUAUAGUGCUUCUUCUAUACCUUCAAAUUCAAGCUCCAUAACUGUUCAUCAGCCCCAAGAAUAUUUGGCAUUUGGUGGAGUCGAUGUUAAUUCACAAAAGAGUCAAUUGGAAAUUUAUUUGGAGGAGCCUAGUAUUGGUGGACGUGUGAUUGAUCAAUAUAGGAGCUCACUCAAGCCUAAUAUUGUUGAAGCAUUAAUUUACAGUAGAGAUUGGUUGUAUGGAGAUCAAGCACAAAUGAAGUUGGAUAGCAUAGAAGAGGAAAUUUUGACAACUGAUGUUAAUUCUUGUGACAUUCCAAAUUCAUCUGGAGCACAGUCUGCUAAUAUUUCUUAA